GCCGGAAACAAACAGCUAAUUAAUAAUUAAUAUAAGGAGGGAGUGACAUGAUGAAACGUAAGCCACAACCUAUGUUACGCGUAAGAAACCGUAACUGCCGUUGACGCCGGACUCUUUCAAGUCCCCCCACUUCCAUUUCCCCACAUAUAUAUAACACCACAUAUUCCUCAAACUCAAACCACAUCUAUCUUCCCCCCUAAGAUCCUAUUUGCUUCCCAUUUUCGCAUUUGGUACCAUUCAUUGAUUUCUUCAAAAAAAGGAAAGGAAAAAAAAACACGCACACACACACACACUAGAGAAAAAUUAAAGAGAAAGCUGUCAGACGAAACAGACAAUUUCUAAAUAAAAACCAUGCAAGAAGCACUGCCGUAUAAAACCUGGCUUCCAAUGCCGACCAAAGACAACCCUUUAACCACCGCGAUUACUAGAAGCGGCGGCGUCAGCGUCGCCGUCGCCGGCGGCGCCGGCGGAGUCGGUUCGGUUUUCAAAGUGAAAGGAGGCGGGGCGAAGGAGGAACUGAAGAACGAGAUCAAGGUGAACGCGGUGAUCGUGAUCGGGAAACGAGGUUGUUGUAUGAGCCACGUCGUGAAGCGGUUGUUGCAAGGUUUAGGUGUGAAUCCUCCGGUGUUUGAGGUGGAAGAAGAGGAGGAGAACGACGUGAUCGCCGAGCUGGAAAGGAUGAUCGGCAGUGGAGACGGCGGUGAAGAUGGCCGGCGGCGGGUACAGUUGCCGGUGGUGUUCAUCGGCGGCCAAUUGUUUGGGGGAUUGGAUCGGGUCAUGGCUACUCAUAUUACAGGGGAGUUGACCCCUAUUUUGAAAAAAGCCGGAGCCUUGUGGUUGUAAAUUUUGAUAUAAUUCUCACCAAUUUUAAAAUAUUUUUUUUUUUUUUUACUUAUACCUUAGUGAUUUAGUAUUUUUGUCCGAGAACAAAUAUUUCUGGGCUUUAAUUAAUAUUAAUCUCUACCUUUCUUUCAGUUAUGCCAAUAAUCUUUCGUUUGCUUGGAUGACAUAAAAAUUUCUUCGAAAUGCUUAAUUAAAUAGCAAAAUAUAAGUAAAAAUGACGGAGAUAGUUACAGUCUCCGGUGGGAUCAUUGAGAAGAGUAAAAUACCCUUCCUCAAUUUACC